AUUGCCUUGAGAUGGUUUCAUUUUUCUGAUAACCCAUACCAUUCUCCAAAGUGACAUUAUUAUGUUGUGCGUGGGGGGAAUGAAUGUCUUUUUUAAGAAAAGUAAGUCUGAAGUCAGUUCCAAUAAUUAUAAAGCAUACUCUGGUGUUAAAAGCAGACGGCAGCGUAACAAGCCAAAUUGUUUGAGGAAAGCUACAUCCCAUUUCAGAAUUAAACAACACCUGCAAAUAUAUCUGCUUGUCAGAUACUGCUACUAUAGCAAAAAUAACAUCAAGGAGCUAAACUGGUAUCUACAAGCUAGAAUCAGACUGUAACAAUGUCUAAAAAGGCUGCAAAACAGGACUCACCAUCAUCUGCAACAUACAGUAAAACUCAGAACAACAAACCAUCUACCCAACACAAGGAAGAUUUAGAAAAAAAAGAUGGUACUCCUGAGAGACAACUUGGCAGAGGAAGAGGAAGAAGACACAACAAGAUGCCUUUGCAAACCGAAGCAGCAGCAGAAGCAAGCCCAGUAUUAAGGGACACAUGUCCAACUACCGUCACAAAACGGAAUCCUAGAAGAUCUCCUUAUUCAGGAAAGUCUGCAUCUUUGGAAAUUCAGGACUUGUCCUCUUACUUGGAAUUUAAAGAGCAGUUAGCAGAAGUUUCUGAUGAGUAUUCUGAGACAUGCAGCCUGAAUAGGUUAUGGUAUUUGACACCAUCAAGAUCUUCAGAAGGGUCAGUAGACUGUGGUUUACCUUUGGAUACAAGUGAAGAUAAAGAAACAUCGUCUAUAGUCAGAAAAAGAAGGGGAUCACGAAAAAGUGUUAAAUCUAUGGACCUUCAAGAGUCACAGAUAAUGGGAAGUGAAAGGCCAAAAACAGAAACCAAGUCAACAGUGCUAGAGAGGAAAAAACUGGAAAAGAGGAUCAAAGAGAUGGCAGACAAGUUGGUCAUCAGUCCCAAAGACAGAUCAUGGGCAGCUCAUUUUGUAAAUACUUUUUCUGAGCAGCUGAUAGACUAUUUGAAGACAACACCCUAUAAGUCAUACUUCAAAAAUGUGAAAAAAUUGCCAACCGGAAGUUAUUAUGAAUAUCUAAAGAUUCUUCGCCCAGAUGAAUUUGAUAUAAUGCUUCCAAUAGCUACUCCAGCGAUCAUAUGGAAUGAACUGGAUGAUCAUUCUGGAUUGUAUUAUAAAGUUUCUUUGAGACGACCAUCUAGAAGUUUCUCCACAGCCUUUCUGGUAGACAAUGAGCUGACCAUAUCCUCAGUGAAGAUGAAGGAAGAGAUGAAGAAACUUAUGAAGGAUUUUCUAAAGAAGUUCUUGAGUGUUCCUUCUCCAGGACUGACACUUCAAAUCAAAAGAAACAAGCAGAACAGUCCAGCUGUGACUCUAGUGUUACAAGACGAUAAAGGAGAGGAACAGAUUUCUAUAGAUGUUGUCCCUGCUUUAGAAGUUCCAGCUCCCUUUGGCUGGCCAAAAUUAACCAAAGAAGGACUGAAUAUUGACAAGUGGCUUGGGAAGAAAACACGAGUGAGCUUUAGAAGUCAGCAUUUCUAUUUUGUACCAAAACAGCCAGAGGGGAAACUUUCAGAAGAACAAAAAGAAAGCUGGAGAAUCUCCUUCUCUCACAUUGAGAAAAAGAUAAUGCUUGACCAUGGAAAUUCUAAAACAUGCUGCGAACAUCCUUCUACGCAGUGCUGCAGGAAGACAUGCCUUCGCCUCAUGAAGUCUCUGAUCCACUGUUUGAAGGCACAGUACCCCCAAGAAAUGUCUGGAUUGAAAUCUUACUAUGUCAAGACUGCCUUUCUACAUACGUUGACUCAGUGCCCUGAUGACAGUCAAUGGUCUAAAUACAGACUUUGUGAAUGCUUCUUGAAAGUACUAGAUGACUUUAUAAGACACAUAGCAGAAGCAAAUUUGCCUCAUUUUUUCUUGCCUUCCUGUAACCUCUUUAAGAAUACAUUCUCACCGAGGUGUCAACAGUUAAUUCUGAGUCAUCUCAGGGACCAGAAGAGGAAGGGACUACCAGCAUUUGAUGUGAUAAAAAAAGAUGCAGCAGUAUUUCCUUCCCAGUUACCUGCAUUCUCAAUCAGUGAUGUGCUGUGAUGUUUUCAUUUUCUGUUUUCUCAUAGUAAGAUUCUUGUCCCUUCAAGAAUAAAUGAAAUGAAGUUACUUGGGCAUACUCAGAAAAUUUCAAGGGGAUGAGGAGAUUUGUCUUUCUUCUGAAGUCUUACUGGCUAAUUUACUGUUUUUAUGAAGUGACAAUCCCAUCAGUUGGCCUGCUGACAGUGGGUUUUAUUUCUAACAGGUUUAUGUUCAGUUGAUGAAAACCUUUUGUGCAACUUGUGAUUUUUAGCCAGUUUACUCUAUUUUACACCACAGAAAGGUGCACUGAGCCCUAAGAUGAUCAUAUUAAGAGAAUGGCUGCAGUAGCACGUGGGGGAGGGGAUAUUACUUCUGUAAUGAAAACAAGUUUUCAGCUUUUUUCAUAAUCAUCCUUUCUUUGAUGGAGCCUGCAGUCACAUAAGAGGAAUUCACGAGCCUGCAGUCACAUAAGAGGAAUUCACAAAACUACUCUAAAUCCCUUCCUAACUAUAUCACUUUAAUAAUUGGGGUUUGGCUAACAAGUUGCAGACUGGAAGACCAGCCAAAAUAGUGAGAAUGUGUUACCAGUAAACAUCUUCCCCCUGUCCUGGGAAAAAGAUUUAGAUUAUGGCCAUUGCAGGGCUGACUCUAGGUGGAGACCUGGCUGAAACAGAUGGCAGUUAAUAAUAACAGCUGUAGCAAGAUAGCAGAAUACUGCAGAGAUCUGGUUUGCACACAGGAGCUAAAGUUACUUCAAGGACAUUACUCAGCUGGGUUCCAAAGACAGACAGGAAAUCCAAUUGAUUACCUAGAGCUAGAAUGAUGACAUUGAUCCUUCUCAAAGUUGACUAGCACUAUUUAGGGAAACACUGCAUGACAGAGGAGAGAUUUGAGGGUGGUGACCUGAGCUAGGACUCAGAAGGUAUGGUAGUUCAGAAAAUGGAAGCCAGAUAUAUAAAGUUGAAUUGGUAAAUGGAUUUAAGCCAGUAAAAUGGUAUGAACAGUCUGGGAUUCCAAUGCAAUAUUAUUUAAUGGGGAAAAAAGCACUCCAGUCUUUGUCUCCAGUACAGCACAGUACUAUGGAAUAGAGAAAGGGCAUUCCAUUUUGUUUUAAUGUUUUAGUAUUCCAUUUAUCCAAGACGCUGUCCUCCAAAAAAAGGAAGCCAAUCUGAUGGUCCCCUGCCAUAUACAAACUCUACAACAGA